AACCCUCCACACCCUGCAGUCUGGGGAAGUUCCUCUGCAUUCCUGCCAUACACACUCACACACACACACACACACACACACACACGCACACACAGAGAAAGCUAUGGUGACUCUGCUGCUGUCUGAGAGGGGGUGUGGUGUGGGCCUGUAGGACUGGAGACCAGAACCUCAUCAUACAGGACCUGUCAGAGUCAUCAUGAGUAAGGCAGGACGUGAUGACCCUGAAAAGUCACCUGGUGAAAAACCUCCUGGUGCUGCAUCUACUGGGCGAGGAUGGACCAAGGUCAGCUGCCCGUGUUGCGUGUCGGAGGCGGUUGAGCCGCUGGUUCUGGUGAAACUUGGAGAAAAGGUCCGUCCUGAGACCAAAAGGUGGCUCAUCAGACUGAUUGGAGCUCCACAGAGAGAAGGAGGGGCAGCAUUACUGGCCCAUCCAGGUGAAGAUGCCAGCGGUGAUAUCAUUGUGGUCUCUGCCCCACGGUGCACAUUACUGCGAGCCACUGAGGAGCUGGGUUUGUGUAAGACUUACUGCACUGGAGAAAUGGAGACGUUCUCAUAUGAAGACAAAGACAACUUUAGACACGCAGACAACAUGGAGGUCUUUCUGACGCUGGCUGAGAGACAGUACAUGGUGAAGUACGAGCUGGAGGGUCUGCAUGCACAGAGGGAUGUGAGGAUUCCUGGUCUGGCUGACAACUACACCCUACAACACAGAGAUAACAUCUGGCAGAAGAUGAGCUCUGCCGGUGUGGUUGUGGACACUUUCCCCCUUCAUAAACGGCAAAAACUGAAGGAGCUCAGUGAGUCGUGGUACUCUGGGAAUCAGCUGUCUCAGCCGCUGGAUUCAGUCAACGCAUAUUUUGGCAGCACGGUGGGCUUUUACUUCAGCUUCCUUGAUUUCUACACGUGGUCUCUGCUGCCCCCUGCGAUAAUGGGCCUGUCAAUCACAUACUUCUCCAGUGAGGUUCAGAAGGAGGUGGUGGAGUCAGUCUCUGGCUCGCAGGUGGAGAACCUGGAAGAGGACACAGGACUCCCCAUCAGUGGUCACAUGAUCCAGGCUGUGUUCAGCAUGCUGUGGUCCACUGUGGUCAUGGAGCUGUGGAAGCGUCGCAGCUUCACCCUCUCCUACCGCUGGGGGACCCUUCACCUUGCUGAGCGUUUUGCAGAACCCCGUCCUGGUUUCCAUGGUCAUCUUGGGGUGAACCCUGUCACUGGUCGUGUGGAGCCACUAUUUCCUGAAUGGCAGAGGGAUCUCCGAAUGGCACUGGUCUCGGUCCCUGUGGUCGGAAUGUUUCUGGGACUGGUGGUCCUCGGCAUGCUGUGUUUCUAUUGGGGGGAGCACCAGGCGAUGCGGCUCCAUGAGGACUGGGACUCGCUGGUGUCGCAGACGUUGCUCUACGCGCCCUCUGUGCUUCACAUUGUCUAUACGAACGUGCUGGCUACUGUUUACAAAACGGUGGCACAAUCUCUGACUGAAUUUGAGAACCACAGAGAAGAGUCUGCCUUCCAGAACCACCUAACAGCCAAAGUCUUGGUGUUCACAUUCUUUAACUACUUUGCGGUACUCUUCCACAUUGCAUUUGUCAAGCAAGAUGUGCCUUUGCUGCGCAAGCGCCUGGCUUCGUUGCUGAUUGUGACCCAGCUGGUGAACCAGGUCACGGAGGUGGUCGUACCCUUCCUGGUGGACCGCUUUGUUAGCGCCCCCCACAGGACGGAGCGCGAGGAUGACCCGCAGGAGGACAAAUUUAGGAAUCAAAUCACCCUGCCGGUUUUCCCUGGCCUGUUUGCAGAGUACAUUGAGCUGCUGGUGCAGUUUGGCUACUUGAGUCUUUUCUCAUGCGUUUACCCUCUGACGGCCGUGCUGCUGCUCAUCAACAACAUCACAGAGAUCCGCACCGACGCCUACAAGAUCUGCAAACUGUUCCGCAAGCCUUUUUCCCCCCCCGUGGCCAACAUGGGCGUGUGGCAGAUUGCUUUCGAGAUCCUGAGUUUUAUUGCUGUUGUGUCGAACUGCUGGCUGCUGACGCUCUCGCCUCAAUUGCAAAGGAUGCACCAGGGCGGCGAGAUGAGCAGCGCCAACAUCCUGCUGUUGGCCGUGCUCGCUGAGCACGUUCUCGUCUUAAUCAAGCUGAUUAUGGCAGCCGUCAUCCCGGAUGAGCCGGAAUGGAUCCGGAAAAAGAGAGCCCACAUCGAGUACACGUCCAUGCAGGCUCUAAGACAGCAGGGCCUGCCUGCUGACGAGUCCUGAUUGUGUUUCAAAAUGCGAGGGGCUGUGGAUCAACACGACCGAAAAAGAACGAUAAUUGAGCUCCGAUCGCAUGACGCUGUGCCCUCAUGCUCCUCAUGUAGGCUUUUAAAGAUGCCAUUUUCAACUUUGGAAAUACGUUGACUGUUAGCAGUCUGCCCCGUCUGACAACACCCAUAAGUGAUGGCUCAGCUCAGCUAAGUUGAUUUAAAAUAAGAUUUAUUGCGAUAUUACGGUAUAUAAACGUGACCAUCAUUUUUAUGGUGCAUUUAUUUUAGCAGAGAGACAGAACACUGUCAAUCAACAAAAACUCUCAUAACGGUGGCAAAUGAUUUGAUUAAGAGAAAGUGAAGUGAGUGUAAACAUAUACAAAAAAACAAACAAGGUCCAUCUCAUUAAAUUAGCCUAUCUUUAAAAAAGUGUGUUUAUUUCACGACUUCAAUUGAAAAAGUCAAACUUUUCCAUGCAAUAUUCUAUAGAUUCACUACUCACACAGCGAAGUAUUUCAAGGAGGUGUUUCUUCAUCAUUCCGAUGAUUAUAGGGUACAGCUAAUAAAAAGCCCAAGUUUAGUAUCUAAUGAAAUAAGAAAAAAUGCCAAAAAGUCUCCAUUUGUGGCUUUUGCAAUGUUGUGUGCAAACUGAAUGUUCAAGGACAUAAAAAAGAAAGCUCUGAUGGUCGGGGUUUGGGACGGCACUGACCGUGUUUGUGUUGCGAGCAAAGAGGGAACCCUCCCCUCAACAAACACACGUGCUUAUGCUUUCGUACAUGAGCUAUUUUUGCGUGUACAGCACACACGCAAAAAUCGUGCCUCUAGUGCAGGGGUGGGCAAAGUUUCUGACUCGCGGGCCGCAUUGAGUUAACAAAAUUGGCCCGGGGCGGGGGGGCAUAGUGUAUAUUUGAUAAACGCACAGUAAUUUAAGUUUAUAAUUCAGUAUAUUUUAUAAUAAAACAGUCCACGUGGAAGGAUUUGUCUUAUUUUAUAUGUAAAAGUGUCAUACAUGUGUCAUGUGCUUGUGUCCCUUUUUACAGGAGUACUUUAAACAUCUUUUUUUUUUUUUACUGAAUAAGACAACCGGAAUGUACAUGAAUAAAGGAUGUGCAGUGG